AUGGCUGAUGUCACUGCCUUAGAGGCAGAGGUGAAGGAAUUUAAGCUGCAGCUUGACACGGUCGUAUCGAGCUUGCAGGAUGACCCCGACAAUACGGAACUUCAAGCUCUCCAGACUGAACUUGAGGAAUUCAUUGCCUUUACUGAAGCGUCGAUCAGCGAACAGAAGCCAGCCAGCUCGGCUCCUCCCCGGGACACUCGACUCAAGGAUCAUGCCCCCCACAAGCCCGCCGCGCCUGAGGAAGCUCCUCCGGCUUCCGUGAACUUCUCAGUCAAUGACAAUGUCCUGGCCCGCUGGGUCUCAGGAGAUAACGCGUUCUACCCCGCCAAAAUCACCUCGAUCACCGGUUCCUCGGCCAACCCGGUCUACCUGGUUUCAUUCAAGUCAUAUUCGAGCGUGGAAAACUUGACGGCCAAGGACAUCCGACCCAUUUCGGGCACUGAAUCUCGUAAGCGCAAGGCUGAUGGAAGCUCAGGCAGUUCGGCAUCUUCGCCCGCCCCUCCCGCCGGUGUGAUCUCCGCUGCCGCCGAUAUCAACCCCACACUGGCCACCCAGGCUCGCAACGACCAGGCCAAGGGUGAUGCGCUCGCUCGGCCAGCCAAGGCACCCCGCAAGGUCAAGGCGAAUCGCGAGCUGGAAGAGGGCAAGAACAAGUGGAAAGACUUUGCUGCCAAGAGCAAGGGCAAGGGCAAGUUCGGCAAGAAGGACAGCAUGUUCCGAACCGGUGAUGGUGUCAACGCACGAGUGGGAUUCACUGGCUCUGGUCAGCAGAUGCGCAAGGAUCCUACUCGAACCCGCCACACUUACCAACAGGCCGAAGAUGAGGGCUACUAA